GUGACCGGGUUCUUGCUGGGGUCGCCUGCUGCUGACGUGUGCCGACUGGCUUCUGGCCGCGGUGCGGGUCGCUAUGGCGGUGGACAUCACACUGCUCUUCCGCGCCAGCGUCAAGACAGUAAAGACGCGGAACAAGGCACUGGGAGUGGCAGUGGGUGGAGGGGCCGAUGGCAGCCGGGACGAGCUGUUCCGCCGAAGCCCUCGGCCUAAGGGAGACUUCUCCAGCCGGGCCCGCGAAGUGAUUUCUCACAUUGGGAAGCUGCGGGAUUUUCUCCUGGAACACAGGAAGGAUUAUAUUAAUGCUUAUAGUCAUAUCAUGUCUGAAUAUGGGAGGAUGACAGACACAGAGCGAGACCAGAUAGACCAAGAUGCCCAUAUAUUCAUGAGGACCUGUUCAGAGGCAAUUCAGCAACUCCGAACAGAAGCCCACAAGGAGAUACAUUCCCAGCAAGUGAAGGAGCACAGGACUGCGGUUUUGGAUUUCGUUGAAGAUUACUUAAAAAGAGUGUGUAAGCUUUACUCUGAACAAAGAGCCAUCCGAGUUAAGCGUGUGGUGGAUAAGAAGAGACUAUCUAAGCUGGAGCCUGAGCGAAAUACAAAGAGGAAAGAAUCCACAUCUGAGAACGCCUCACAGAACACUUCCCUGGACUCUGAAGAAAAGCCUGCUGCUGAGGAGUUGCCAGAAAAGUCUUUAGCUGAAUCACAGCCUGACCUGGGAGCCUGGGGCGAUGGCAAGGGUGAAGAUGAGUUGUCUCCAGAAGAGAUACAGAUGUUUGAACAAGAAAAUCAGCGACUCAUUGGUGAAAUGAACAGCUUGUUUGAUGAAGUGAGGCAAAUCGAAGGGAAAGUCGUUGAAAUUUCCAGACUCCAAGAGAUAUUCACUGAAAAGGUUUUGCAACAGGAAACUGAGAUUGACAGCAUUCACCAGUUAGUCGUGGGGGCAACUGAAAACAUUAAAGAAGGCAAUGAAGACAUACGAGAGGCCAUCAAGAACAAUGCUGGCUUCCGAGUGUGGAUCCUCUUCUUCCUCGUGAUGUGUUCCUUCUCCUUGCUCUUCCUCGACUGGUAUGACAGCUAGCCCAAGAGACUGCACCCACGCCUGCACCGAUGCCUUGGAUAUACCGUGUGCAGCAUGUAUCACAUCUAUUGUGGAGCUGUGUAAGGUCCAAGGUCUGGAGUGACAUGGCCCCUGAGCCAACAUUUGGAACCUGUCAGGACCUGAAAUGCAUGGAUUGCAAGUGCCCUAGGUACUCUUCAGGGUGGAAGAUAAAGGCCAUCAGGAGCAGCACCUCCGGUUGAGGCCACAGGCACAGCACGGGCUGAGCAGAGCAGGAAAAUAGCACACCUCCUAUCCAUGUAUGAUGCCUGGGGCCUCAUUGCCUGCCCUUCCCACAUCAGUAGCUUCAGGGGAGAACAUGCCUAAUAUUUCUAGUCAUUGGUUCUUAUUUCCUUGUGGCAUCUAAUGUGGGCUGAUACAUGGCUAUUUUGGCAUAGAAAAUAAUUCACAUCUACCUUGUCAAACUAAUAAAUAUGAUUACAGCCA